AUGACUUAUUACGCCAAGCAAGAAACGCGUCCAGAGAUUGGAGAAUUCUAUGGGUUCCAUCACGUUCGUUUUUACGUUUCCAACUCAAAGCAAGCUGCUUCCUUCUAUACAUCUCGCUUUGGGUUUUCCCCAGUUGCCUAUGAAGGAUUGGAAACAGGGAACCAGAAAUUCUGUACCAAUGUGGUCCGAAGCAACCAUGUAGUCAUCGCUUUUACCUCAGCUCUCACCCCUGAAGACAAUGAAGUGAAUCGUCACGUUGGCAAGCACAGUGACGGAGUUCAAGACAUUGCCUUUACUCCUCUAUGCAAAAAAAAAAUAAAAAAUUUUUCCUUCACAAUAUAAAUUGUUUUUAAAAAUUUCAUUAGACAAAGAAAUUAGUGUAAGCGACGCAAGAGGGAUGUAUGAAAAAGCGAUAGCUAAAGGCUGCAAAAGCUUCCGUGAGCCACAAGUUUUGCAAGACCAAUUUGGAUCUGUCAUAAUAGCGUCUCUUCAGACUUAUGGAGACACUGUUCAUACGCUAGUCCAAAAUGUCGAUUAUACAGGACCCUUUUUGCCUGGCUUUAGAGCAAUUACAAAAGAUGAUCCUUUAAACUCUGCUUUUCCUCACUCCCCCACCCUUUAAAUUGGAACAAAAUAUCGGUAAAAUUUCCACAUUUUUUGGUAAAUUAACCCCCUUUAAAUUGGAACAAAAUUUAAUUUUAUAGUAAAAAAAUUAUAUAUAAUUUUUAUCUAAAAAGUUUUGAUAUAAGUUAAAUGCUUCUUCUUAACUAAAAUUAAAAAUUUAGUAUAUCUUGCUCUUUUUUAAAGAAAAAAGUAUAAAGAGCAUCUUAUUUAAAUAAAUUUAUUAUCCUUAAUUGCUAAAUUUUAAAAACAAAUUUAAUUUUUUUUUUUAAAAAUUUUCAAAAAAUUUUUUGUUUUUUGGUAAAAAAUGAUAUUUUUUAUUUGGAUAGUUUUGAUAUAAAUUCAAUAGGAAUUCUUUAUAAAAUUUCAAAAUUUACUUAUUCCUUGCUUUAUUUUAAAGAAUAGAGUAUAAAUAGCAUCUAAAUUAGCACUUUGAUCGAUAAAUUUCUAAAAUUUAUUUUUUUUUAAUUUUUUUUAUCAAUAAAAAUAAUAAUUUUUGUGUAAAUAAUUUUGAUACCAAUUAAUAGUGGCGUAUUAACUAAUAAUGAAAAUUUAGUUAUAUCUUGCUUUUUUUUUAAAGGAUAAAGAGUAAAUAGCAUUUCAUUAAACAAAUUUAUUGAUCUAAUUCGAUAAGCUUUUGAAAUGUUUUUUUUUAAUUUUUAUAUAUUUUAUAAAAAAAUUUUAUAUUGAUAUUUUAUUUUAAAAAAAAAAUUAACCCCCUUUUAAAUUGGAACAAAAUUUUUAGUUCCAAUUUAAAGGGGGGGGAGUCAGGUAAAUUAUGAUAUUAUUGAUCAUGUUGUAGGAAAUCAGCCUGGCGGCGAUAUGACUCCUACAGUGGAAUGGUAUGAGAAAUAUCUAGAAUUUCAUCGAUAUUGGUCAGCUGAUGAGUCUGUAAUUCAUACAGAUUAUUCAGCAUUAAGGUCUGUUGUGGUUGCUGACUGGGAUGAAGUGAUCAAAAUGCCUAUCAACGAGCCUGCAGAUGGACUUAGAAAAAGUCAAAUCCAGGAAUAUGUUGAAUAUUAUGGUGGAGCAGGCGUACAGCAUAUUGCACUAAAAGUCAAUGAUAUUAUUUCAGUAAUAAGCACUUUAAGGGCUAGAGGUGUUGAAUUCUUAACCUUUUAUAUAAAAUAUUUAUUUUUUAAAAAAAAAAUUAAUUAUAUAUACCCUUUAUGACAGCCGAAAAACAGUGCACUGGAGGUCUUGGCAUACUACUCAAAGACAGUUCUAAUUGCUUUAAAAAUGCUAUUAAUUCUUUUAUUAUCCCUAAUUUUUUAUUAAAAAUUGGUUCUUUACAAUUUGUUUUUGCCUUUGCAUGGCAUACCAAAAAUUAUAAAAUAAUGUUUGUCAACAGUCUUAAUGUGCAUAUAUAUGCCUAGCGAAGAUCAUUUUCAGGAUAUAGCGGCCAGAGCUGUAGAAUUUGUAAUAAUUCUGUCAAAGAGAUAGAAGUUCCUCCUAAAUAUUACGAUAAUUUAAGAAAAAGACUUGCACACUCUACUGUCCAAAUCGAAGAAGACUUGAGAAGGAUUGAAGACCUUCAUAUUUUGGUUGACUUUGAUGACCAGGGGUAUUUAUUGCAGAUUUUCACAAAACCAGUAGAAGACAGGCCCACACUGUUCUACGAAAUUAUUCAAAGACAUAAUAACAAUGGAUUUGGAAUUGGAAACUUUAAAGCCCUAUUUGAAUCAUUGGAACAAGAACAAGAAAGAAGAGGUAAUUUGGUUUAA